AUGCGCAGCUCCCAAACUCAUGUCGCUUCACGAGAACCGUUUUCUCUGACAGCUGUGAUGAGAUACAAUUGUGAAUAUCUCGGAUUCCUUUUGUCGUUCCGCCGUAGUCUACUGGAUGACGAUCACUAUGAACAGCGGUCUAUACUGCUAUCGAGUCUGGCCGCAAUCAUACGAUUGAUCGAUGAAAAAUUUCUUGAAGAAACAUGCAAUAAGGUGAUGGUGGUUCUUCGUGCCGCUACAGCUGUCGGUGAAGGAGCGAUAGCCGUUUGGAAUGAAUUUGUACGCCGACUGGGGGACAGGAUGCUUGCCACUUUGUUGCCGAAAAUCCUGAUCGCCAUUCAACCAUUGCUGAAGUUCCCGGCCACAAACGACUUGUUGGACAAUAUCUUCGACCGAAGAAAACCGUUGGAGAUCGAGCAGAGGUAUAUUUCCUGCCGCUAUUCAGCCUAA